GGGGUCACGCGCACCGCCGCCGCCGCGGCGUGAGGGCGUCCGGCGGGCGCCGGUGUCCGGCUGCCCAUGGAGGGCUCCGGGGACGAGGAGCCGGGGGCCGAGGGGCCGCUGCAGCGGGUAGUGAAGCGGCAUCGCAAGGAGAAGCGGGAGCUCCAGGGUCCCUGUUAGGUACUGGAAGGCUGCUCUAAGGUUUCCCCAGUCUUCUCUUCUUCAGGCUGAACAACCUGGACUCUCUCAGCCUGUCUUCACAGGAGAGGUGCUCCAGCCCUCUGAUCAUCUUCAUGGCCUUCUUCUGGACUCACUCCAACAGCAAAAAUUCAAGGCAUGAAAAAUGCAGUUCCCAAGAAUGAUAAAAAGAGACGAAAACAGUUGGCUGACGAAGUUGCCAAACUAGAAGCAGAACUUGAACAGAAGCACAAGGAAGAAUUAAAGCAGCUGAAAGAAGCUUCACCUGAGCAGAAUAAGACAGAUUCUAUAGCUGAUGGGGUUGCAAAUUUAGAGCUUGAUGGAGCAGAGCAACAGAUUCAGCAGCCUCGAAUAUCAAAAGCACAGAAGAGACGGGAAAAAAAAGCUGCCUUGGAGAAAGAAAGAGAAGAAAGGAUAGCCGAAGCUGAGAUAGAAAAUUUAACGGGUGCAAGACAUCUUGAAAGUCAGAAACUUGCCUCCCUGUUGGCAGCAAGGCACUUGGAGAUCAAACAGAUCCCUUCAGAUGGCCAUUGCAUGUACAGAGCAAUUGAAGAUCAGCUCAGGGAUCACCAAAAUUCGUGGACUGUUGCAACUCUGAGGAACCAAACAGCAAAGUAUAUGCAAAGUCACUUUGACGACUUCCUGCCAUUUCUUACAAACCCUAAUACUGGAGAGAUGUAUAGCAGAGAGGAAUUUGAAAAAUACUGUGAUGAUAUAGCAAAUACAGCUGCAUGGGGUGGUCAGCUGGAACUAAGGGCUUUGUCACACAUUCUGCAAACGCCUAUUGAAGUGGUGCAAAUGGAUUCCCCUCCCAUUAUUGUUGGUGAAGAAUAUUCGAACAAACCAAUAAUACUUGUGUAUAUGAGACAUGCCUAUGGAUUAGGAGAACAUUACAACUCUGUAAAACUUCUGACAGACACUGCUACCGAAAACGGCAGCUAGCAUACAACAGCAAUAAAUCCACAUGGAUAACAGUCGUGUCAUCAUGUGUUGGGCGCCAGACAAUUCCCAGACAGACUGGAAAGUAAAAUUUAAUGAAAUGGAUUAAAAAUGAAAAAGACAUACAAGGUUUGGCUGUAAAUCAGAAAUAUCUCUUGGUUUAAACAAAACCAAACCCACAAAGCAGUAUUUUGAACUUGUUGGUAUUAAUCAUGUUUAGAAGAUCUUCUCUAAAGUGGUGGUUGUGUAGAUCAGAUUUUUUUUAAUAGCGCUUCAGCCCAUGCUGCAGUUACAAUACCAAGUAAUGUUCUGGUUAAUCUGUGUUUCUGCUGAAGAAUUAAGAUUACCAGAAAGUUCCUGUUACAUUAUUUCUGGCAGAUUUUGAUGAUCAUGGAAGAGCUAAGGCAUUUACAAAUGAUUGAUUGUAUUUAGAUUUAUGCAAUAUCCCCUACAGUGUUUAUUUCAGGAUCCAGCUUUGAUGCUGUAGUAGGAAUACCCUGUUUUAUUUGGGCAGGGAAGAGCUGGAGGCAAAUCCAGUAGCGGAAUAUCUUGCUUGUCUGAAGGAACUACACAAUCUUUUUGUUUUAAAGACUUUCAUCUAAGAUUUUUACCAAAGUUUGAGGACUUCGCUUUUUUUUCAGUCAACAAUAGGAACCAAUGCCUAAUGCUGUUCCUAGUACUGAAUCUAUACAUCAUAACAUUGAUGCAUGUUAACUGUGUGGUUCAUCCUUCAUAGUCUUUCAUCUGUACUUUUCAGUAAUACAGAAAUCUUAUAAAUAAAAAGCUCCUCAGUAUUCUCACUUCAGGUAGUGAAACUCAUCUGAACUUAAAUUUAUGGAUCCGCUGACCUGAGCACUCUGUGAUCUGAACUAUGAUGUUUUAUAGUGCUUAAAACAGUUAGUUGCACACAGGUGUAAAAAUAAUCACCUUGGGUUUUGACAGUAACUUUGAAGAUGAUCUGCAGAAGAAUUAAGUUGAUUUUCAUUGUUACUAAUGAUGCACAGAGAUGUGAAAGGUGUUUUUAAUAUAACUUGACUUUUUACAUUAUAGAUUUUUGUCUUUAAGUCACUCUAAAUGUGACUCCAAAGUGAGCAUACUGAAACCAAAGUUGUAAUGCAAUUGUUUUUAACAGUAGAAGUGCGAUGUGGGGCUGUUUUUGUUUGGUUUUGGAUUUGGAUUUGUUUUGUUUUGUUUUGUUUUUCAGCCCUAGUCAGUAACAUAAUUGUCUGCACUUCAGUGCUGAUGAGUUGUUUUGGAGAAAAGCAAUUUUGCCCUGAGUUGGGGAUUAAGAGCUAACAAUGAACAUCUUGUAGUCCUUCAGUAAAGCUAGCUGGCUGAUUGACAUACCUGGGAUUUAUAAACUAGAAAGAAAAAUCUGCUCUUACUUAAGGAGAAGAUAACUGUUCACUUUGCAGAUCAGGUUAUGUCUGAUUUAAAGCACUUUGAGAGAGGGAGGAGAGAAAAAUCAGACAAUUAGCAGCAGGGGGUUUUGGACAAGCAGAACUUGAAUUAUGACUUCUUUAGACUGGUACCUGCCAGGAAAACAAAAUAUUAACCAGAUCAAGCAUUUUUACAUCCUUAUUUAUCUGAUACAGUAUAGUAAAUAUAGCUGUGUCUAUAGGAGCUGCUUUAUUGUAGAAUUUGGUUUACUACCUUGACUGUGUAACAUGAUGUUUUUAAUUUCAAACCAAAAAUGAUACAAUAGUAUGGAAAAAAUGUCUCUACUUAAAAUACCACUAUGAAUUUCACUAAAAAUAGUAAUCAGAAAUACUCCUCUCUGUGUUGCUUAGACUUGGUGUGAUAUGAAAUGCACAUGCUGCUUUUUAUAGAUGCCCUGUGAGAAGAGUUCUUUGUUUUCUUGGAUUUUCAUUCUUGUUUGAUUAACUGACAGAGAAAAGAUGCCAGAAUCCCAGAAUGCCUGUACCAACAGUUUGUCCUGUUGAAGAUGUUUACAAUAUGUAUAAAGCAAAAUAAUGUUUUAAUAAAGUGAGUGAAGGAUCCUUGCUCAUGCUGUAUGGGACUUGCCAAAAAGUAAUAAACGGAUUUAUUUGCGGCAAA